AUGUUGGAUGUGAAGAAACAUUUUUCGAGGGAAGCCCCUCAAAGCGAUGACCAGCAGAAUUCGCAAAAGAUGAAAAAGGUGAAGUCAAACAGGACUAAGAGAAAGAGGGCAAAGACUAAGCGUAAAACAUUCCCCAGCCGGUCCACAGGAGAUGAAGAACAACCUACAUCGAAAAAGGAAGAAAUAAGUGAUCGACUAUACAUGAGCCAGGAAGUACGAACUGAAGGGGUAUCUGCUCCCAAAACAGCUAGACUUCCACCAAGAGGAAGAGCAGAAAAAAGAGUGCAAGUAGCACCGUUCGUGGAAUCGACGCUUCGGAAGGGGAUCCGUGGACUAACUGAAGAGUUUCGUUCUAUGAAACGUAGAAAUGAUCUUACGCAAAUGAAAGAGUUCGUAGCGCAGGGUGCAACAGGAAGAAACAGAUACAGGGAUGUUGGUUGCUUGGAUAAUCGUCGUGUUAUUUUAAAAAUUGGAAAAGUCCCUUACAUCCACGCAAAUUAUGUUGCCACACCGAAUCGUCCAAAUCGAUUUAUAUGUACACAGGCUCCACUUCCUAACACUUGUACAGAUUUUUGGUGUAUGGUUGUUCAGGAAAAGAGUGAAGCUAUUCUUAUGCUCUGUAAUUUUUUAGAACAGAACGUGAGUAAAUGUGCUGAAUACUUCCCUCAAGUAUCCCCUUCCACUUUAAAUUUUGAGGAAGGAGUGCGAGUAACGUGUAAAAAUUUAGGAUUCUUUCAAUUUCCAUUUGAGACAAAAGUACAAGUGAGGAUGAGAGCACUAGAGGUGCAAGUUCCUGGACAACGGCUGCACUCGUGCAUUCACUAUCACUGGUUGGAUUGGCCGGAUCGUGGGGUCCCGGAGGUCGAUCUAUCUCCGAUUGCAUUGCUAUCAAAACUUAAAAAUUCUUGUGGUCCAAUUAUUGUACACUGCUCAGCUGGUAUAGGACGAACAGGUUCAAUUGUUCUAAUUCAACAUGCUUUGGAACUUAUACAUAGGCAUGAGCCUUUACUUGAAAUGCGCGGAUACCUAAUAGAACUACGGAAGCAACGUAAUAAUAGUGUUCAGACCGAGCAACAAUAUCUCUACGUUCAUCAAGUGCUACUACAAUAUUUAAAACGUACAAAAUAUAUGGAUGAGAACGUGACUCCUUUAUUGGAGCAAUUUACUAAGGAUUAUCUACAAGCUACAAGAGGCUUCUAG